GCUGAGUGCGGGCCGGGUUGGGGUUGACUGCCAGCCAGCUGGGUGAAUGUCGUGAACAGUCGCCGUGUUGGCUUCAGUAUCCUGCUCCUCUAUAAUAACUGGAUGGAUGUCUCACCCCGAGCGGCUGCUUUGAGCUGUUGCGGCGGAAUAAAACUGCAAAUGAUGAAGUGAGGAAUCACCAAAACAACAGACGGGGGUGUGAGGAACCGCAGAGCAGAAUGUCAAGUGAAACAAAAGAGUCUUCUUCUUGUUUUUCGUCUUCGAGCCCGAAUCUCAGCGGACCGAACUAACUAGCAGCUCCACCGGCUAACGUUAGCAGACUAGCUAACCUACAUUACGGACAGACUGUAUGAGGUGGUUUCCCCCGGCUGUUUACAGUUUAAAGGAUCCUUGCCUGCCUGUCUGCUGAGUGGAUCUCAUCGGUUUUACUCGCCAUGGCAGCGGUGGUUAGCUACACUCCACCAUGGUGGGUGAACCUGCUGCACAGACUCCCCCAUUUCAACUUGAAGUUCGAGCAAACAAGCAGUGAUUUCCGACCAGAGGACUGGACCUAUCAACAGUCCAUCCUGUUGCUGGGAGGUGUGGCGCUUGCCUGUCUGGCUCUGGACCUUCUGUUCCUGCUCAUAUAUUCCAUUUGCCUGUGCUGCCGGCGGAACAAAAACGAGGACCAGCCCAAUGCCGACUGCUGCUGCACAGCCUGGUGUGUCAUAAUCGCGACGCUAGUCUGCAGCGCUGGCAUUGCUGUCGGUUUCUAUGGGAACGGCGAGACUUGUGAUGGAGUGAACCGCCUGACGUAUUCCCUCCGCCAUGCUAACCGCACAAUCACUGGUGUGCAGAAGCUGGUAUAUGACAGUACAACCUCAUUGAACCAGACAGUAGAUGACGAUCUGCAGCAGCUUGAGGUCCAGUAUGCACAGGAUAAAGACUACAUGUCCAUCAUCCGAAGGCUGCAGCGCCAGCUGGAGGAGUUGGUCAAACAGAUGGUGGAGAUUCCCUUCUGGGACAACAACAGCAUCUCCCUGGAAGAACUGGCCGUCAAGAUAGAGCUGUAUGACUGGUACAGGUGGCUGGGCUACUUGUCCCUGCUGCUGUUUGACGUUCUCAUCUGCCUCCUGGUGCUGUUUGGCCUCAUUCGCAACUCCAAAGGAACGCUUAUUGGGGUGUGCUUGUUUGGUGUAGUGGCUCUGGUAAUCAGCUGGGUCUCCCUGGGGCUGGAGUUGGCGGUCUCGGCGACCUCCAGUGACUUCUGCGUUGCUCCUGAUACAUAUGUCACCAAGGUGACAGACCAGUACAAAGUCAUCAAUCAAGAAAUCUUGCAAUACUACCUUAGUUGCAGUGUGGAACAAACGAACCCCUUCCAGCAGAAGCUUUCCGGGAGCCACAAAGCAUUAGUGGAGAUGCAGGACGACGUGUCUGAACUCCUGCGCUCUGCCACCAGACAGUAUAAGCAAACCAAGGGAAACUUGGAAGAGAUCCAGGGGAUUCUAAACACCACAGAGAUCAGCCUCCAUCAGCUCACUGCACUGGUGGACUGUCGCAGCCUGCACAUGGACUACGUCCAAGCCAUGACAGGACUGUGUUAUGACGGACUGGAAGGCCUUAUCUACCUCGUGCUCUUCUCCUUCGUCACCGCCCUCAUGUUCAGCUCGAUUGUUUGCAGCGUGCCUCACACCUGGCGGGGGAAACGGAGCGAGGAGGACAGCGAGGACGAGUCUCUGAGCCACGGAGGAAGACAAAACCACGACAACUUGUACCGGGUCCACAUGCCCAGCCUGUACAGCUGUGGCAGCAGCUACGGCAGCGAGACCUCCAUCCCUGCUGCAGCCCACACCGUCAGCAAUGCACCUGUCACAGAGUACAUGGCUCAGAAUGCCAACUUCCAGAACUCCCGCUGUGAAAACACACCUCUGAUAGGACGGGAGUCGCCUCCCCCCUCGUUGUAUUUGACUGCCGCGGACAGUAACAGCGGUCACUGCUGGCAGUUAAAGCCUUCGGAGAGUUCAAGAUCGUUUUGGUAACCUCAUCUGCUAAGCUAACAGUACACCUCCAGCAUGCGGGCAAAGUACCUGGCCAACAGCCGACCGGAUCCCAACAACCCCACGGCGCAAUAGACGCCGCCGGGCUCAUCCCAUCUGCAGCACUGACCUUCCUGAAGUCACUCAGCCAUCCAGUCGUCACUCCUUUCUUCGCACAUGCUUUUGUUCGCCCAGUCUUCUGCUUCCCUCCGCCAUGAACUGUCUUAAAAUAGAAAAAAAAAAACCAAAUGUGCUUUUCCUGGUUGGUUGAAGCAAAAACUCGAGGACACCCAUCAAAUCUCAUCUCAUGCGUCGGGAGCGCGGAUAGAUGGCCAUUUUUCCACGCUCCUUUCUUGAUGUUUACUCUCCCAAGAAUCAUCGUCGGUGCUGGGAAUUUACUUGCAGCUCAGAUGUGAAGAAGACUGGACUGACUUAUUUUUCUUUUCCCUUCUUCACACGUGAAUGCACCAUGGCAUGUACCGUGUCGCAUCUAACAAGGCAUUGCAGUGUCGAGGACUCUGGAAGUGCUCACAGACUAACACUGAUUACUACUGGUUGUUUAGUUUUAGUACUGUACCACGCUCUGUCGUUUACUGUGGGAGAGAAAUGCCUUACACAGACAUACAGAAGGAAUCCUCCGUUUUCUUCUCACUUGAAGGGAAAUUUCUCACACAACACACCCAAGUUAGUCAGAACUGUGUAUCGUAGUAUAGAUCGAUUUACAAAAUCUCAGUUCCUCAGGACUCCUUUCUGCUUGUGGAGCUUGAACGUUGACUUGCAGGACACAAACACAACACACUCAGUUUACUGUGACAUUGGCUUGUUGUUGCAUUUUGUCUUAAAUCUGAUGUCUGGGACCAGUUUACUGCACGUCUUACAGUCGUCUGAAGUAGAAAUAGUGGGUUUUUUUCUUUUAUGGAUGGACACUGUUAUUUCCUGUGGCAUUUUUUUUAAAAAGUAGUGUGAUGAGCCCCUUUUCCACAGCGAUGACUGUAAACUUGUGAAUUUGAUUUGGAUGAAAGCGAGCUACAGGAUGGAAAAGCAGCAAGAUGUAAAAAACAAAAAAAUCUGAAAGGAACUGUGGUGAGUUCGACAAAAAAAAGAUUUUUUUUUACAUACUACUGGCAGCAGAAACUUUUUUACGGACGACGGUGAAGCAAAGGAGGACGACGAGCGAAUUUGUUGCUCACAUUUUGAGAUGGUUUUUGCGGUGCCCCUGUCUUCACCUAACUGCUUGCUAUGCUCUUCAUGUUCCUGUUAGUGAAGCCUCAUCUCCCUGAACAGAAGUGGGGAUUGUCCACACACAUCCUUGACUCUCUUUCAGCGAUUCCUCUCGAGAGAAUGCAGCCGUUUAAAGAGCAUCCCGGAGUGAAGUUUAUCGGAAAGUAUGCAGAUGCCAAGAGAAUUUCCGGGAGAAGCUUCGUGCGUUGGCAAUACUGCGCGUCACAAAUGUGUUUUAGCAUUUAUUAAGAAAAGCAGAAAAGGGUGAGUGGAUGCAGUGAAGGGAUUUGCGACAACUCUGCUCUCUGUCAAAAUGUGGAAAGUCUCUCAAAGCAUGAAAACCCUUCAAAUGUGGAGUGAUGUUUGUGCUUCUGCUGCCUCUACUUGCUUCUCUUAGAUGUGCUUUGUGACCAGUACAAGAGGUGACGUGGAGACUGUGCCAACAAGUUAAGCACAACUCUUUUUCUGUAUCAUCUCGGUAUCUUUUUAAACGUCUCUGCUUGGGGCCUGUUUGUACAGCGGACAGCUCCUGGUUGCCUGUGCAGUCAAAGGAGAAAAAUGAGCCUGACUUUUUUUUUUUCGACCCAUUUCUGCUCUGUUCAGCAUUAUUACACUGAUGCAGUCUUUCUCUUUUUGAGUAGUAGUCAUAUUCUCUUUGUUGUUUGUUAAUGCAAUGCUGUUGUACAGAUUAUAGGCAAAAUGAAGAAAAAAAACAUGGUGAAAUUGACUUUUUUUAAUUCUUAAAUUUUAAGCUUUUUUGUAUUUGGUUUGCUUAUAGAUUUUUUUUUUUUGAUUUCAGUUUAGAAUCGUAGCAAAGCACCGUGUGUUGCUUCAUUAAUGUGAAUAUGGUAAAUAGAUUUUAAAUUUUCAUUGAUUUUUUUUUUUUUUUUGGAUGGGGAAAAAAAUCACUGUAGAUGUAAUCACAUUUUUUUAUAUACGUCAUUUUUGCAAUUUCUAAAAUGUAUACAUGUAAAAGCUGUGGUUAUAUUGAGCUUGAAUGCUGUGUUUUAAAAUUAAAGAAACCUUAACUGUG